GCUCCACGCUCAAACUAUUCAGUUCGAUAGUGCAUGGCUGACUUACAAUGUUCAAACUGUCGGAUAAGACAGAGGGUCGGCGUGGCACACAGAUCCUGUUGGACGCCAUGUCCAAAGACAAAGUCCAUUUGGCCAAGUUUGUUUUAGACGCGCUGGACGACAAAAUCGUCGACUCCAAAACCGAGGGUGCCCAGACUCCACUCAUCUCAUCGAUUUUGUUGCCAGACUGUCAGGCGAGGUCCAAGUUCACCAAACUCCUGUUGCAGCGCGGCGCGAACGUUAACCACACAGACGAGUGCGGGCGCACGGCUCUGAGUCACGCCUGCGAGAAAGGUUACCUGGAUGCGGUCAAGAUCCUGGUCCAGAACAACGCAAACCCGGAGAUGGAGGACCUGUGGGGGAAUACUGCCCUCAUGUAUGCUGCAGUAGCCGGACACUCUAUGGUAGUCCAGUUUUUAGUGAGGGCUUUCAAGCGCCUUGGACUACAAAUUGACAGGCAAAACAAAGUUGGAAACUCCGCCGUGAAAGUGGCCCAGUACCUCGGCCAUAAAGAAUGUUUGCAUGCGCUGAAGAAUCCCUCAAAAAAAGGUAGAGAGUACGACAUUGGCUCUCCCGUUGACAGUGCGCGCGUCAAGGAAGAUGGUGAUAUACAAGAAAAUGCGCCUCUCCAAAAAGCAGCAGAAUUGAGUGCGCAAAAGCGGUCGUUUUUUGUCACUAACGAAGGAAUGUCGAGAGAGUCUUCACGCGUGCCCAAAACGGCUUUAGGUCGGAGGCGAUCACUCAUUGUGAGACAUCGCUUGCCGUCCAUGGACUCCAUUGAAGAGUAUGAGAAAGAGAGUGGAGGCUCUCCGACCUCUCCACAAAGUCUUUUCUUUGCUGGUAUAACACUGACUCCGAAAACUCCCCAAAGAUCCAGUACUCCUCAGUCUCCACGUCAGGGAGAGAAGGCGGGCUCCGCUGAUGACCCCAACUACUUGCCCUCGUUACCCAGAAUAACAAGUCACUUGUCCACUGCUCAGUUUUCUCCAAGGCCGUUUAAAACUGUGCCAAAAAGUUCUACGCCUGAAACUUCUUCGCCCGCCUGCUUUUCUAGUCCGCUGGGUAUCCUGAUGACGCCGAUAACAGAGACCGUGUCCUGCAAAGUCACGGAGCAGGAGCCUGUGAGGAAAAACACCGUUGAUUUCAGCAUUCGGCGAUUUGACGACAGCUACUACCAAAAGCGCUGCAGUUUGCCCACCAGCCUUCUGAGCCCUUUGCCCCCGGAGCGCGCGCAAACGUGCGUGCGUAAAUUCAAAGCUGCAUGGAGGAAUCCGGUGACUCAAGAUUGCACUGAGCCUACGGGAGAAGCGCCGUUGCCACCGGCACAAACGGCUCUCUCCGUCUUGAGCAACAGACUCCUGAGAAGGUUUACUUUUCCAGAGUUUAAAAAGACUCCCAAGGACUUGCAGAGCGAAGGGUGCUCAGCGCACGAGGGCGGAAUUGGAGAGGCAGUUAGUCGGGGGAUGCCGCGCUCCGAGACAUUUCCCCUGUGCACAAACCACCCGCAGGUGGGCAGUAAGCCCAGCAUAGACAGCAUUAGCGCUGUGAAGUGCGAGUUUGACUUUCAGUUCAAAGUGGCUCCUCCGAAAUGCAGUCCUUGACUGUGCGUAAUGGCAAGACUGUACCAGACAACAGACCUCUCUCACAUUAGGGCGGAGCUUAAGGAACUACCUUAAACAACUUGUGCUCCUUGGUGACAGUGCUCCAUCCAUCAACUGUGUGAACAUAUGUCAAGAUUAAAUGAUAAAAUAAGAGAAAGUGGUUACUCUACGUGUAUGCUAUACGAUAUUCGACAAUUCUACCUGACAAGCAAAUCCUGUCUCCCUGCUCCUCCCUGGACUUCAACUUUUCCUCGACAUUGGGCAAGUGACUGCUGUGGCCCGCCGCGCUUGGCUUUAUCUUUAAAUGUAAGAAGUAUAUUCAUUGUUAACCUUAUUAUACGUUAUCUUCACCAUCAAUCCUGCUGUCCCCCCAUUUCUGUGAAUUG